AUGGCCGAAGACUUGAGUGUCUCGGUCUCAGGUCAUAAGCAUCCACGUAUUCCAACAUCUGAACCGAUACAAGAGCCAUUCGUGUCCCUCCCUUCUGAUACCUCAAUUGUGCUAAACUUUGCAUCAGAGGCUGUACAAGAACCUCAACAAGUGCAGAAUGGCGGUCUAUCGCGUACAACAUCGGGUCUUCCUCUCGGUCGGCGUAUGCGACUAACACUCGGUCAAAAACGUGAGGUAGUGGACCUCGCGGCUAGCAAGAAAUUCACACAUCGAGAACUGGCUGAGAAGUUUUGUGUCGGUCGCACAACAAUCACUAAUAUCUGCAGACAAGAAGAUUUGAUUCGAACCGAGACGGAUUCCGCUGAUGCUACGAAGAAAAAACGCAAGACAACCAAAUGCACGUACGACCUGCGAAUACUGGAUGAGUGUCUACAUAAAUGGAGGAUGGAAGUGAAAGUUUCGAGUCCCGAGACGAAGCUCACAGGUACAGUGUUGCAACAUAAAGCAAUGGAAUUGGCUUGCAAAAUUAGUCAAGAGCCGUACGCAGUUUUACCGGACAAGGUGAAGCAAGCACUCCAGAGAUUUACAGGUUCAAAUGGCUGGUUGGAUGGAUAUAGGACGAGAUUUGGAUCGUUCAGCAGUAAACAGACACAUGGAGCAGGAGACCAGAGUGUUAUCAAGAGUGUGGACAUUCAGACAAGACUACGAGAGCUGCAUCAUAGUUUUAGUAAUGUCGAGCUGGAUGAUAUUUGGACAGGAAGUGAGUUUGCCGUCAUGUACAAAUUACCUAUGCCGGAUGAGAGUGGACAUGCAGAUGGUAACAAUGGAAGGUAUACGGUGGCGCUCUUUAUUAGUGCGGCUGGAGAAAAGUUUGACAUGCAAGUAAUUGGUAUGGAUCGCAGCCCACUUCUAUUGGAAGCAGUUGACACACAGAAGAUGUACAAUAUUCAGUAUGGAUACUCAAAGACGGGGUGGCAGGUGGCACAGACGACGGUGAGCAUGCUAAAGUCUCUGAACGCACUUGCUCGAGAACGCAAACGCACGUUUCGUGUGGUUUUAGACUCGGCAGUGCCACAUGUUAAGGCUGCAAUGAUUUUGGAUUCACAGGGAGACCAACGCACGUUCUUUGUGUACGAUCAUCUUCAAAUUUACUUCUUACCCCCAAAUUUUAAGGUUUUGCGGUUCCAUCCAUGCCAUCUUGGCGUAAUUCAAGCUUUUAAGGCUCGCUUUCGUAGCGAGAUGCUUGAGACGUUGUUCAGCAAUUAUCGACAUGGCGUCAACAGUCAGGAUCCGCAUGGUUUCCAUCCGCAGCGACACUUGCACACACGAAACAUUUUUCAUUGGCUUCACGUGGCGCUCUACAGCCUUGACAAGCAACUUAUUCAGUCUUGUUGGGUUCGCAGUGGCUUGUUGCCUACACAGGUGAUUGCAUCUCUUAACUUGCGUGCCAUUUUGAGCAGUAACGGUGUGGACGAAUCGUCCGUAAAUGUCAUUCCUAUCAUUCCCAGUGGCAGCGGUAGCGAUAGUAAUGCUGCUGACGUUAAUCUAGUGAAGAAAGUGGCUUCAAAUGGUGAUCCCUGCUCGACCACCAUCACUCAAGGAGGUUUGCCGCCUCCAGCGCUAUUGUACCAUGAUCUGCAGCAACAGCUGACAAAUAUCGCCCAGCUUGCUCCUGACUUUCUACGCUGGAUUGGCGUGAGUGACCCUAGGAAUGCACAGGCAUAUGCGGAGAUUGAAGGCAACGCCUUGGUGACUGACCCUGGUAUCGACGAGGUUCAAAUCAUUCGCGGUGUGUUGCAAAGGCAUGGAUACUUGUCCACUAAGAAACUUGACGACGAGAGUCAUGUAGAGGGGUCGUACGAAACCUUCACAGAUGUAGCUGAGGAGCUCUGUCCGGGGCACGACGAGGUUAUGGCUUCCAUAGGGAUCCUUAAGACGUAUUUGCGUCUGUCACGGGACACGUUACCAUCGCGUGUCGAAGCAAUUGUGCAACUAAACAAAGUUAAAAAAGCAGUUGAUGCUGUCGCCUUCCGCGAGACAGUAAUUCGUGACGUGUGA